AUGCCCGUGACCUUUGCCCUCAUGCUCCUCCUGAGUCAGGCCACCACCUCUGAUCCAUGCUACGACCCAGGCGGCCGCCCCCGUUUCUGCCUCCCACCAGUAACCCGGCUGGCUGGCAUGACGACUGCCUGCCCCCAGGCCUGUGCCCUGUCCCCAGGAGCUGACCUCCGGACCCCCUGCAACGGCAGCCUGGCCUUGGCCCUGGGCAGCCCCUUCCUCCUCACAUCUGUCAGCCUGCGGUUCUGUACCCCGGGCCCCCCAGCCCUGGUCCUGUCUGCAUCCUGGGCUGAGGGGGGUCCCUGGAGGCCCUUGUGGCGUCGAGCCGCCUGGUCUGGGGCCCUGGGGGGCCCUGAUCGGGUGACUUUCCGCAUGUCGCCAGGCCCCAAGGCCAGCGUGGUGGCCAGCCACCUCCUCAUCCAGCUUGGGGGCCGGGCAGGCCUGGCCGCUGCUGGAGUGCGAGGCCGCUGCCAGUGUCACGGCCACGCUGCCCGCUGUGCCACCCGCGCCCGGCCCCCGCGCUGCCGCUGCCGCCACCACACCACCGGCCCUGGGUGCGAGAGCUGCCGCCCGUCCCACCGCGACUGGCCCUGGCGGCCCGCCACGCCCCGGCACCCCCACCCCUGCCUGCCCUGCUCCUGUAACCAGCAUGCCCGCCGCUGCCGCUUCAACGCCGAGCUAUUCAGGCUGUCAGGGGGCCAGAGCGGGGGCAUCUGUGAGCGGUGCCGUCACCACACUGCCGGGAGGCACUGCCACUACUGUCAGCCGGGGUUCUGGAGGGACCCCGCUGAGCCACUCACCAGCCGCAAAGCUUGCCGGGCCUGCCAGUGCCACCCUAUUGGGGCGACAGGUGGCGCCUGUAACCAGACCAGUGGGCAGUGCUCCUGCAAACUGGGUGUCACCGGCAUCAGGUGCAACCGCUGUGGCCCUGGCUAUCAGCAGAGCCGCUCCCCCAGGAUGCCCUGCCAGCGAAUUCCCGAGCCAACUAGCACUCUGAUCACCACCCCCAGUGCAUAUGGCUCUGACCCUCAGUGCCGAAACUACUGCAACACCUCAGACACCAGGGUGCACAUGAGCCUUCGGAGGUACUGCCAGCAGGACUACGUGCUCCACGCGCAUGUGCUGGCCAUCGAGGCGGCCGGCUCAGUGUGGUGGCGGCUGGACGUGCGCAUCGUGGCCGUGUACAAGCAACGAGCACGCCCGGUGCCCCGCGGCGGCCAGGACGCCUGGGUGCCUCGCGCCGACCUGGCCUGCGGCUGCCUGCGCCUGCGCCCCGGGACUGGCUACCUGCUGCUGGGCAGCGCGGCCAGCGGCCCGGACCCCGCGCGCCUGGUCCUCGACCGCCACGGCCUCGCGCUGCCCUGGAGGCCGCGCUGGGCCCGGCCGCUGCGGAGGCUGCAGGAGGAAGAGCGCGCGGGAGGCUGCCGCCGUCUGCAGCCAUCUACACCCGGCCCCGCGGCGGAGCAGUAG